UGGAGCCCCGGCAGAGAGCCACAACCCGCGCCGCGCGGCCGCCGGCGGCGGAGGUGGAGCCUACCGCGUCCCCGCCCUGGGCGGAGUCACCUGGAUCUGAGACCCACCCUCCGUCUCUUAGCCAAUCCGAAGCAGCCUUUGGGAGCGGAAGUUAAGACGCCCUGAGAGGGAGGCGGCGGAAGUGGCUGCGUCACGGCCAGUCCGUGCGCACGCGCCAUCCUCCCUCCUAGACGCUGUCUUGAAUUCACUUUUUUUCCCCCCUCGUCUUCUUGUGCUCCACGCGAUGAGGUGCUCGGACCCCUAGGUGUGUCGGCGGGCUUAUCUCUUCUGCUGCUCUUGUGGCUCCCUCACGAUGGCGGGCAUCCUGUUUGAGGAUAUUUUUGAUGUGAAAGACAUUGACCCCGAGGGUAAAAAGUUUGACCGUGUAUCUCGACUACAUUGUGAGAGUGAGUCUUUCAAGAUGGACCUCAUCUUGGAUGUAAACAUUCAGAUUUACCCUGUAGACUUGGGUGACAAGUUCAGAUUGGUCAUAGCUAGUACCUUAUAUGAAGAUGGUACCCUGGAUGAUGGUGAAUAUAACCCCACAGAUGACAGACCUUCCAGGGCUGACCAGUUUGAAUAUGUCAUGUAUGGGAAAGUGUACAGGAUUGAGGGAGAUGAAACUUCUACUGAAGCAGCGACACGCCUCUCUGCCUAUGUGUCCUAUGGGGGCCUACUCAUGAGGCUACAGGGGGAUGCCAACAAUCUGCAUGGAUUUGAGGUGGAUUCCAGAGUUUAUCUGCUGAUGAAGAAAUUGGCCUUCUGAAUGUCCUGGGAAGCCAGCCACACUACUCAUCAGCCAUGUCAUGGACACCAUUCAAGUCUGAAGAAAAGUUGCUGUUGUUCACCUGUUAAGGAGAGUUUGACUCAUGUCCACCUUGGGUGAAACUUUAGGUAGUCUGGAUUCAAUGGGAAACUGACACUUGACUGUGAAAGACCCUAUGGGAGAGCUUAAAAUGAACCAGAAGUUGUUUUUUAUGUAUAGGAUUUUUAAAAAAAUUAAACUUUACUUUUUCAGAUUCCUUUCCCA